AUUUUUGUCCUAUUCUUGUUUGACCAAGUCCUGGGGAAUUUGGAUCUUCUUCAGUUCUUUGGUAAAGUAAAGAUCAGAUCAACAAAAAAGAGAUAAUUAACAAUAUGGCUGAGUUCCUAUGGACUUUUGCUGUGCAAGAAGUGUUGAAGAAGGUACUCAAACUUGUAGCUGAGCACAUUGGUUUGGCUUGGGGCUUGGAGAAGGAGUUGUCCAAGCUCAAGCAAUGGUUACUCAAGGCUGAAGCCAUUUUAAGCGACAUUGACAGGAAAAAACUAUACCAUGAUUCUGUAAGGCUUUGGGUGGAGGAUCUUCAACAUGUUGUUUACGAAGCCGAUGAUCUAUUGGACGAACUAGUUUACGAAGAUCUCCGGCGAAGGAUGGAAACAAGAAGAAAAAUGAUGAAGGUGUGUAAUUCCAUUUCAUUUAAAUCCUUCAACAAUAAUCCUAUUAUCUUUCGCCACAAAAUGGCAAAGAAAAUGGAGGGCAUUACUAAAACUUUGAGUAAAUGCUACUCUGAGGCAAGCCCUUUAGGACUUGUAGGCCUUGAAUUCACAAAAAUAGAGAACAAUGAGCUUAACCAAAUUCGAGAGACGAUCUCGAAGCUUGAUGAGAAUGUUGAAGUUAUAGGAAGGGACAAUGAAGUUUCAAUCAUGGUGAAAAAGGUGAUUGAUAGUAACAAUAUUCAACAAGUUACGUCAAUCAUACCCAUUGUGGGUAUGGGUGGAAUAGGGAAAACAACUUUGGCAAAAAUGGUCUUCAAUCAUGAGGUGGUUAGAAAACAUUUUGAUGAAACUAUAUGGGUAUGUGUGUCCGAGCCAUUUCUCAUCAACAUGAUUUUGGAAGCAAUUUUACAAACUCUUAGGGGUACUUCAAGUGGCAUGGACAGUAAGGAAAACUUGCUCCGUGAACUCCAAAAAGAGAUGCGAGGUAAAAAAUAUUUCCUUGUGCUUGAUGAUGUUUGGAAUGAAAAUCCUUCUUUGUGGCAUGAGUUAAAGUAUUGUUUACUUAACAUUGGAAAUCGUGGAAAUAGUAUUAUUGUAACUACGAGGAGUAAUGAGGUUGCACGAAUCAUGGAGACACUUCCAAGGCUUCACUUAGAAAGAUUAUCCGAUGAUCAAUGUUGGUCAUUAUUUAAGAAAACUUCAAAUGCAAAUACAAAUGGAUUGUCUAUAACUUCAAAGUUGGAGGUUAUUCGUGAGGAGUUGGUGAAAAAAUUUGGUGGGAUACCAUUGAUUGCUAGAGUUUUAGGAGCAGCACUAAAAUUUGAAGGAGUCUAUGAGGGAUGGCUGAAAACUUUGGAGAGUGUCAUAGAUAUUCCAUUACAAGAUGAAGAUUUAGUUUUAUCGAUAUUAAAACUAAGUGUGGAUCGUCUACCAUCUUCCUCUUUAAAGCAAUGUUUUGCAUAUUGUUCAAACUUUCCCAAAGACUACAAGUUUGAAAAAAAGGAGUUAAUUCAAAUGUGGAUAGCACAAGGGUUUGUUCAACUACAAGAAGGAAGAAGCAAUAUUAAGAUGGAGGAUAUAGGAGAGAAGUUCUUUGAUAUCUUGUUAUCUAGGUCGUUAUUUCAAGAUGUUGUCAAGGAUGGAAAAGGAGGAAUCACUCAUUUUAAAAUGCAUGAUCUUAUACAUGAUAUUGCUGGCACAAUUCAAAAUUUUCUAAAAGAAUUUUAUAUCGAUGAGAGUCGAAAAAGUUCAAGAAAGUUACGCACAUUAAUAUGUGAUAGAAAAAUGGUUCAUAAGACGAUUCAUGAUAUGAUUUCAAAUAACGCUCACUUGCGUGUUUUAGUUGUGAAUUCAUCUAUGAAAAACUUACCAAACUCGAUUGAUAAGUUGAAGCAUCUGAGGUAUCUCGACAUAUCAAAUUCGGAGAUAGAGGAGCUUCCACACUCUAUUAUUUUGCUUUGCAAUCUACAAAUACUAAAACUUGGAAGCUUAAUAAAAGAGCUACCAAAGAGUUUGGGACUUCUGGUCAAUUUAAGGCAUCUAACAUUUUCCAUCCCUUUUACUGAAAAGACAAAACAAAUGCCUCCACAUCUGAGUCAAUUGACUCAACUUCAAACGUUAUCGGGCUUUGUAGUAGGUUUUGAAAAGGGUUGUAAAAUCGAAGAGCUUAAACCUUUGAAAAAUCUCAAAGGUAGAUUGCAACUUUCAAAUCUCGAGCAAGUUAAAAGUAAAGAGGAAGCUAGAAGUGCAAAGUUGAAAGAAAAGGAGAAUUUAUGCGAACUAUUCUUUGAAUGGAGUUUGCAUCCAGAAAGAGAAAGUAGCAAUAAUAACUACAAUGACUUUGAAGUAUUGGAAGGGCUUCAACCACACAAAAAUCUUCAAUUCUUAAGCAUCGAAAACUUUGCAGGGAAACUUCUUCCUCAUUGUAUUUUUGUUGACAAGUUAACUGUGAUACAUCUAAGAUAUUGUAGAAGAUGUGAAGUGCUUCCAAUGCUUGGACAAUUAUCCAACCUAGAAGAACUCAAGAUUUCAUCCUUACACCAUGUAAAAAGUAUAGGGAAUGAAUUCUAUGGAAGAAAUGGAGCAAACCAUUGGGCACUUUUCCCUAAGUUGAAAAAAUUUAUUCUCUCUCAAAUGCACAACCUAAAACAUUGGGAAGAAGUUGCUUCAAAUGAUAAUAAUGUUGGAACUAUUUUUCCUCAUCUUCAAGAUCUAUACGUUCGUGGCUGUCCCAAAUUAACAAGUAUCCCAAAUCUUUUUGGAUUUCCUAAUGAAGAUGGUGUUAAAAGUCUUCGAACUUUACACAUUCAUAAAUGUGAUAAAUUGGCAACAUUGCCAUAUGGGCUACAGUUUUGCAACUCGAUUGAAGAUUUGAGAAUAGAUGGAUGUUCUAGUUUGACCUUGAAUUUGAAAAAUAUGCACAAAUUGUCUGUUUUAUUUAUAGAUGGGUUGAAAGCAUUGCCACAAGGGUUGGAUCAACAUCUCAACAAUUUAAAAGAAAUGGAUAUAAUUGGAGGCAUUCAAGAUUAUGACUUUAAUCUUCUCCUAAACCUACCUUCUCUUGUGAAGCUUCGAUUGACUAAUUAUGCUGAAGAAAGUGCAAUCAAACAACUUCCUCCACAACUUGAGCGCCUCACUUCAUUGAGAACUUUAACGAUUGGCGAUUUUGGUGACAUUGAAGCUUUACCAGAAUGGUUGGGAAACCUUACCUCUUUGGAGACAUUGGGUCUUUACUAUUGUAGAAAUUUGAAACACUUGCCUUCAAACACAGCUAUGCUACGUCUCACCAAAUUGAUUCGUCUUUACGUCUAUGGUUGUCCACAACUACAACUUGGCCAAGGCUUGCCUGAAGUCAAUUAGAGACUUUUGCAAAAAGUCAUUUCAAACAAACUCUAAAGAUAUGGUGCUGGCUGGAUUAUACCUAUUUUUGUGUAGUUUAGAUGGUUGUCCAAUUAAAUUUGUUAUGUAAUAACUUUUUUUAAUUGAAUUUUUUAAUCUUUUUGUUAUGUGUAAAAAGAAGAGAUGCAUGCAAUUAUAUGCAACAUAGGUGGUCCUAAUGAUUGUCGAACUCUAAAACACUCUUGAGUUAUGUCUCUCAUGCAAGUUCACUUCUACACCUUUUAGCUUCUCUCCUUCACUUUUGCAUUGUGAACAAAGUUAAUAUUUUAGUUGAGUUUCAAGUUUUUGUUCAA